AUCUCCCUCCAGCUCCUCUGCAUCUAUCUGGGGCGUGUACUGCCGCUAGAAAAAAACUCCCAGUCCUGCAACUCCUGCAGCCCCAGUGAGGCGGUCUGGAUUUUCAGUCAGGGGACGUUCAUCACCAUCAGCAGCAGCAGCAGCGUCUCUCUCUCUCUCUCUCUCUAAAACUCCCUCGGACUCCCCCACAGUCUCUGCCUCGCUGUCCGUCGGUGUGUCUCGCUCAACAAGGCCAGCAUCUCCUUUCUUUUCUCCGCUUGUCACACAGCCAUCAUGUCCUCAAACGUCGCGGACGGGGACCUGCUGCGGAUCCCUCUGGGGCUCAUCAACUGCGAGGGCAAGUAUCUGACGGCGGAGACCUUCGGCUUCAAGAUCAACGCCUCGGCCAGCAGCCUGAAGAAGAAGCAAACGUGGACCCUGGAGCAGACCGGGGAGGACGGCAGCGCGGUGUUCCUGCUCUCCCACCUGGGCCGCUACCUCGCCACGGACAAAGACGGCAACGUUACCGCGGACAGCGAGACGCGCGGAAAGGACUGCCGCUUCGUCAUUACCGCGCAUGAGGACGGGCGGUGGUCGCUGCAGUCGGAGCCCCACGGCCGCUUUCUGGGCGGCAGCCAGGACCGGAUCACCUGCUUUGCGCAGACCGCGUCUCCGGCGGAGAGAUGGAGCGUGCACCUGGCCGUCCACCCGCAGGUUAAUCUGUACAGCUUUGCGCGCAAACGCUUCGCCCACCUGAGCGCGCAUGGGGAGCGGCAGGAGGUGUCCAUAGACCGGGACGUCCCCUGGGGGGUCGACUCUCUGGUGACGCUGGUGUACCGAGACCAGCGCUACCACCUGGAGACCUCCGACAACCGCUUCCUCCGCAACGACGGCAGCCUGUCCACCAAGACAGACAAGGAUACCGGCUACAUGCUGGAGUUCCUCUCCGGGAAGGUGGCAUUCCGCGACUGCAACGGCCGCUACCUGGCUCCGGCGGGCCCCACCGGCACCAUGAGGUCCGGGAGGAGCACCAAGGUGGGAAAGGAUGAACUGUUCGGCCUGGAGCGCAGCCACGCUCAGGUCGUGCUGACUGCAGGCAACGAGAGAAACGUCUCCACGAGGCAAGGCAUGGACCUGUCAGCCAAUCAGGACGAGGAAGGGGACCAGGAAGUCUUCCAGUUGGAGAUGAGCCGUGAGGACAGGAAAUGUGCCUUCAGAACUGCUGCUGGAAAAUACUGGACACUGACAGCAACCGGAGGGCUGCAGUGCACUGCCUCCACCAAGUCCGCCAACUGCUACUUUGAGCUGGAGUGGCGCGAUGGUCGUGUGUGUGUUCGUGCAGCAAACGGCAAGUAUGUGACCGCGAAGAAGAACGGGCAGCUGGCUGCUACUGUAGACAACGCAGGGGAGGCUGAACAGUUCCUGAUGAAGCUGAUCAACCGUCCAAUCAUCGUCCUCCGUGGGGAACAUGGCUUCAUUGGCGCUCGUAAAGCUGGAAUGACGACUCUGGACUCCAACCGAGCGUCCUACGAUGUUUUCCAGCUGGAGUUCCAUAACGGUGCCUACUCCCUUAAAGACUCCCAGGGGAAGUACUGGUGCGUUGGAGACGACACCGCGGUCGUGUGCAGCAGUUCUUCACCCGUCCAAUUCCUGCUCGAGUUCUGCGACCUCAACAAGAUGGCCAUUUGCGCUCUGGGAGGGAAGUACCUUAAAGGAGACCACGCUGGAGGGCUAAAGGCCACCGCAGACUCCCUGGACAGCGCCACCCUCUGGGAAUACUGAGAAAGCACAGCCAGACUUCUCCACUGUCUGACAAAAUACUUCACACUAUUGAUAGAUACUGUAGGUAGCUGUUUUCUUUUUUGCAAAUAUCUGUGUGUGUGUGUGUGUGUGUGUGUGUGUGUGUGUGUGUGUGUGUGUGUGUGUGUGUGUGUGUGUGUGUGUGUGUGUGUGUGUGUGUGUGUGUGUGUGUGUGUGUGUAGUUGUGAAUUUGUUUGGAUGGAUGUGUGGUGGAAAGUGAAACUGAUCAACUGGAAGUCAUGGCACCAAAGCACUACGAAGUGUUUGAUUUUUUAAUUUUAUUUUCUCAGACAUGAUCUCUUCGUACUGGGCUUUUUACUGGAGUUUUUGACGACUUGCUGUUUAAUGAAUGCUUUAUAGUGUGGUUGCACAUUACGUGUUUCGCCUCCGGUCGAAUUUACUCGAGCCGUACCUGACAAACAUCAGGACAUUUGCUGUUAUUGGUUGUGCCUAUCUGUGAUAACUACUGGUGUAACAAACAUGUAGAAUGCUAUAACUCAUAACUUACAGUAUCUAACCUUCUCCUGCUAAAUGUCCUGCUGCCUGUGUGAGCUGCUUUCACGUCUUUCAAGCUAUAAAACAUAAUGCACAUCAGAUAAAGGGAUGUUAUCCAUUGACACACUUCCGCUGUAAAUAACGCUUGCUUCGUCGCUGAGUCAUUCAAAACAUAGUAACCAUGGUAACAGAGCCGGGAUAUGGCUGGCAGAUCUGAUAUGUUUUUGUCUGUGCGCUCUCCAGUUUUCCUUCCUCAGUCACAAAUGUGCAGACAGACAAACUCUCUCUAGAGAUGCAUCUUCGGAAAGUCCAAGGUUUUCCUUCAACAAUCGAUCCACUUGGUAGUCUCGGUUUCCUCGGAUCAGCGUCUGGUUUUCAGUUAUGUUCCGAGAUGAAACGAAUUAAAUUGACAUUAAAAAGCUUUGAAGUGAAGGAGCCUUGUUAGUGGAGUGAUUAUCCUCUCUGUUGGAAGGAGUGGCAGUGAGGUGGUGGGUUAGGCUUAGUUAGCACACGCAAUACACCCAAUGCACAUAGAUACAUACAAAUAAGUGAAACUGUGAAAGGACAGUGAAUAACAAUCAGCACAAUAAUAUAGGAUCCACUUGAACAAAUUUAAAAGCACACAUUUGUUAUGAUGAAAUGUCUGCCUUAGACUGAUUGCUGCUGGUAUGUGUGUGUGUGUGAGAGAGAGUGUGUGUGGUCAUCUCUGGUUCUAUUUCAUGCUCUUACAUUUGAACUGAAUCGAGUAAACACUCCAAUAAAGCUUCCCUCUCAACAGUGAA